AUGGCCAUCAUGUCGCGAGCUGCCGCAGCGGAAGCCGCCAUUGGCGCCAUGAUCGACGACCACGCCGCUGGCUCCCGCAAGAGACGGCGCAUCGGGAGCACCGAGGACUACCAGCUGACGCGCGUGCUCGGGGCGGGCGGCUUCGGCGUCGUCGUCAAGGCGCGCCACCGCGCCACCGGAGACGACGUCGCCCUCAAGUUCCUGGUCCGCUCACCCGACGGCGGCAAGAGGAGGCACCACCGUGCACACGCGCUCCACCGCGGCCUGCUGCGCGAGGCGUGCUACCUCGCGGCGUGCCGCGGCCACCCCUCGGUCGUCGGCUUGCACGGCAUCGCGCGGGACCCCCGCAGCGGGCAGUGCAGCCUCGUCCUGGAGCACGUCGGCCCGAGCCUCGCCCACGUCCUGCGCGCUCGCCGCCGGCCGUUCACGGAGGAGGAGACGCGCCGCGUCAUGCGGCAGCUCCUGAGCGGCGCCGGGAGGAUGCACGAGCGCGGCAUCGUCCACCGGGACAUCAAGCCCGGGAACGUCCUCGUCGGCGGCGAGGGCGCGGUGAAGAUAUGCGACCUCGGGCUGGCCGUGUCCAUGGCCAGCGCGCCGCCGCCGCGCGGCCGGGCCGGCACGCGCUGGUACAUGGCUCCCGAGAUGCUCCUGGGGAGGCCGGACUACGACGAGCUCGUGGACGCCUGGUCGCUCGGCUGCGUCAUGGCCGAGCUGCUCGCCGGCGAACCGCUGUUCCCGGGACAAAACGUGGUCGACCAGCUCUUCCGAAUCUUCCGCGUGCUCGGCGGCGCGUGUGUAGGAUUCACGCGCACGCCGCUCCCGCUCGCCGCCGCGGGGCAGAUGCCGCCGACACGCCGAGGCGACAGCGUGCUACGCGCGCUGUUCCCGGAGGAGCGCCUGUCGCGCGACGGAUUCGAGGUUUUAGACGGGCUCCUCACAUGCGACCCCAGCGAGCGUCUGCCGGCGGCCGUGGCGCUCCAGUGCCCGUGGUUCACUGACACCGCCGACGUCGCUGCCUCUACUGCGUAG